CUCGUCGCUGCCCCCCGUCCCCGAGGAGCCCCCGGCCCACCUUGGCCAGAUCCAGCCCGAGCUCUACGGCCCCUCCGGUGACCCCGAUGCCGGCGGCGCCCGCGGCGGCCCCGGCGGCGGUCCCGGCGGCGCGGCGCCGAGCUGCGGCCGCCUCCAGGUGUCCCUGCGCUACUCGUACGGCUCGCAGCAGCUGCUGGUGCGCGUCCUGCGCGCCCGCGACCUGCCCGCCAAGGACUCCAACGGCUUCUCCGACCCCUACGUGAAGAUCUACCUGCUGCCCGACCGCAAGAAGAAGUUCCAGACCAAGGUGCUGCGGCGGACGCUGAACCCCGAGUGGGACGAGACCUUCAGCUUCGGGGUGCCCUUCGCCGAGCUGCCGGCGCGGCGGCUGCACUUCAGCGUCUACGACUUCGACCGCUUCUCGCGGCACGACCUCAUCGGGCAGGUGGUGAUGGACAACCUGCUGGAGGCGGCCGAGGCGCGGCCCGAGGUGGCCAUCUGGAGGGACAUCCAGGAGGGCACGGGGGAGAAGGCCGACCUGGGCGAGGUGAAUUUCUCUCUCUGUUACCUGCCCACGGCCGGGCGCCUCACGGUCACCGUCAUCCGCGCCUCCAACCUGCGCGCCAUGGACCUCACCGGCUACUCAGACCCCUACGUGAAGGCCUCGCUGAUGGCCGAGGGCCGGCGGCUGAAGAAGCGCAAGACGUCCAUCAAGAAGAACACGCUGAACCCCAACUACAACGAGGCGCUGGUCUUCGACGUGCCCCACGAGAGCGUGCACCACGUCAGCCUCACCAUCGCCGUCGUCGACUACGACUGCAUCGGGCACAACGAGGUGAUCGGGCUGUGCCAGGUGGGUAACGAUAUCAACUUUUGA